UGGUAGGUGUAUAAAAGUUGUUGGGUUUUGGAGGGUGUGUAUUGGGGGUUUGUUGGGGGUUUUUUUUUUAAAAUGGUGUUGGGAGGGGGUUUUUUGGAAGGGCGUUUAUCGUUUACUGUUAUAUCGUAUCCUAAAAGAUGUUAUAAGGUAGAGAACAUGAGUUUAUUGGCUAUUUCUGGAUAAUCAUGUUACUAAGCAUAGAUGCGGCUUCUGGGGGCCGAACGAAAGCGCGCUUGACCUCACUUGUUCCGUUUGCACUUUUUAUAUUGCGUUUCACCAACAUCACACUGUCCAUUACAAUGAAAUCCAAAUACGUAUCACGACCGACAUCCCUCCGUCUCUCCGUCUCACCCGCCUCCCUCUACAACACACCAUCAUCAACACCCAUGAAUUCCCCAACAAUGGAUACCAAACCACCACCACCAUCAUCCUCCACAAGCGAUAAAUUGAGACAAGUCCUCUCUGGGCGGGUUUCCAAAAAAGAGCGACGAAAACGGGAGGGGGAUGUGAAUUCACGGGAUGAUAAAGGACGGUCUGCCUUGCAUUUUGCGUGUGCGGGUGGACAUGCUGAUUUAGUAACCCUAUUAUUGGAUCGGGGUGCGGAUGUGGAUUCGCGGGAUGUGAAUGGGAAUACACCGUUGCAUUUGGCGGUUUGUUCGAGUCAAGUUGAUGUUGUUUUGGUGCUGUUGCGUGCGAAUGCAAAUGUGGAUGCUACAGACCAUUUUCAACGCACACCCCUCCAACUCGUUCAAUCCCGUCUCAACAUGCUGCGAGUCACGGAAUGUACAGAAACACUGUUAAAUGAUCUUCGCAAGUUGAUUGAAAUCCUAUCACUUUGCACAACACACCACCCCAAUCAUUCCACAACACUCGAUCCUGCCCUCCUUACUGAACGUUUGGAACGUAUUACGACGACGGAUGAAGCUGUUCGGGUUGUGGAUGAGUUGAAGGAGUUGUUGGAGAGGUUAAAGGUGGAUGAUACCUAGUUUUUUUUUGGUGUAGUGGUAGAUAGUUUGUUUAUAAUCUUUUUUUUUUUUGGAAAAACCAUUUUGGCAUUUUUUUUUGGGGGGGGGGGGGGGGGGAGGAAUUGUAUUCGUUUGUUUAUGUGGGGUAAAUAUGAUCGAUCACUGUCACUGUCACCUAGAAUGCAUCACGAACGACAGGAUGAUCUUUUGGAGAAAACAGUACAGUAUAUUCACAGCAUCAUGUUAUGCGUGCAUCACAAGUCGCUGUUCACAUUUUUGUAACUGUGGUUUGCUUUCCUUGAUGAAUGCUUUUGAGCGCAUUACGACGGAAAUAACGUACUUUUGGUAGAACAUUGCAGCGUUUUAUAGUUUUUUGUUUACUUUGUUACCCAAAAACAUGUUUGACACAGUCGCA